AUGGGAGCGAAAAACAGCAAGCUGACCCCAGAGGUGAUGGAGGAUCUGGUAAAGAGCACAGAAUUUAACGAGCACGAGCUGAAACAGUGGUACAAAGGCUUCCUCAAAGACUGCCCCAGUGGACGACUCAAUCUGGACGAGUUCCAACAACUCUAUGUGAAGUUUUUCCCGUACGGAGAUGCAUCAAAGUUUGCCCAGCAUGCGUUCAGGACCUUUGAUAAGAACGGAGACGGCACCAUCGACUUCAGAGAGUUCAUCUGUGCCCUGUCCAUCACAUCGCGAGGCAGCUUCGAACAGAAACUCAACUGGGCCUUCAACAUGUACGACCUGGACGGAGACGGCAAGAUCACACGGGUGGAGAUGCUGGAGAUCAUCGAGGCCAUCUACAAGAUGGUGGGGACUGUGAUCAUGAUGAAGAUGAACGAGGACGGCCUGACGCCCCAGCAGCGAGUGGACAAGAUCUUCAGCAAGAUGGACAAGAACAACGACGACCAGAUAUCACUGGACGAGUUCAAAGAGGCAGCAAAGAGUGACCCCUCCAUUGUAUUACUCCUGCAGUGUGACCUGCAGAAAUAGAGGAGAGGGAGGAUUGAGAACCACCACGGACUGCACAGAAGAUUCAUGUUCCAUUCAGUUU